AUGGAGGAACUAAAGCAGAGGGGACGCAAGAGAGAGGGCCGACACAGGGACACAUGGGACCCAUUCCAGCUGAACCCGAUCGGAGCUGAGAAGGAGGAGAAGAGAAGAUGCUUUGCACUUUUACAGAAUCUGGUGGCUGUUGUCGUGGGUGUGCUGGUGCUGGCCAGCGCUGUCAUGAGCAAGGGUUCUUUGCUGGUUCUGACCACUCUAUGCAGUCCAAAGUCUUUGAGAAGCGACGUGGACCGUCAGUUCUACACACUUCUGUUGAUGUGUGUCCUUCUGACUCCAAACGUUCUUGUGUUCCUCAAGUCUCUCUGGAAGUGUGCUUUCAAGAGCUACGUGUCCCCCAAAGCGAAGACAAUGGGAAUCAUGUGCGCCAUCGAGAGCCUGGUGGCCUUGGGAACAGCCGUCUUGGUGCUGAUCGUGAUGCCUCAGUUCGACGUUCUUACAAACCUCUGCAUCCCUGGAGGAGUGUGCAUCUUCUCGUCCGUGCUCCAGAUCGUCUUUCGCCUGCAGCGGGAGAGAUGGAUGAUCAUCUAUCCCGUCUGCUCCAUCAUCCUGGUGGUCAGCGGUUACGUUCUGCUGGGGGUGGACCACUACGUGAGAGUUUCCUCUUACGUCCCAUCUCAAAAGUCGGACGGUUACGUGUACAUCGCCAUCGCCAUCGUGGCAUCACUGCUGAUUUCCCUGAACUGGUGGGAGAAUCCGUUUCAAGCCAGCAACAACAUUCAGGAGAUGCUGAGGGACCUGGACGGUUUUAAAGACAAGGUAUAUCUCGUUACCAGUCUCAUCAGAAUCGCCAUCACCAUGGGGGUGUACUUUCUGUAUUACGGCCUGAUUUCCCAACCCACGAUUGUCUGGUCAGCGUACAACAAAGCCAAAGGCGCAGUCGAGAUCGGCCUGGUGCUGUUUUUCCUGCAGGCGUUCUGCUCCGCCGCGUGUCACUGGUUCGGAGUCGUGGCCUGCAAAAUCCACGCCGUCAGGUUCGGUUUUGCUCUGCCCGUUUCGUUCUCCGGUCCGGCCACGCUAAUCCUAGGAAUAACGCUUUUCCUGGCGCAAGCUGAAAAACUGUACUAUUUAUCUGAAGUGGCUACCGUCCAGAAUUAUAUAGGCGUUAACAACACCUUCUGGCCAUUUUGCUCCAAACUUGCAGAUAUCAAGGUCAGAAAUAACACCCCUGUGAUGCUGGUAAUGCUGGAGAUUUCCAACAGUAUCUGCAAGACAUCGCUUAACAGCCCAAACGAAAUCUGGCCCUUCUCCAUGUUGGUGCUGGAGGGGGUCUGCAUGUGGCUCGGCCUGAUGGCGUGCACGUAUUACGUGUGGAGAAUGAAGGUGCAAAGAAUCGAAAGGACGUCUCAGCUUUUCGUGCGGCGUCUGUACGAAUCCGCCUUCAUUGACCUCUCUCUGCUGCUCAACACCAAGAUGAAAGUCGUCCGUUCGAGAAACAAGGAGCAAGGAAGCAGUGAAGAAGUGGAAAACUGUGUCAUUUACCUCUGUGCUACAAUGUGGCACGAAACAUAUGACGAGAUGCUGAAAAUCUUGACCUCUAUGUUCAGAUUGGACAGAUACCGUGGAGAUCCAAAGGAAGAACACAAGGAUUGUUUUGACUUUGAGUGUCAUAUUUACGUAGACGACGCCUUUAUGAAAGAAAAGAACACCGAGAAGAAACUUGUCAACACAUAUGUUCAGGACCUUAUAAAUGUUGUCAUGGAGGUGUACAGAGUGUUUACGAAUAAGGAGCCGGAUGAAGUUUCUAUCAUCGAAGCGCCGUACGGUGGUCGUCUUAUGUUUGUAAUGCCAGAGGGAAAUAUGCUUUAUGUUCACCUGAAAGACAAAACACUGAUUCGAAACAAAAAGAGAUGGUCCCAGAUCAUGUACCUGUAUUAUCUGCUCGGUUGGAAAGGAUAUAACGUCAAAAACCCUCAGAAAAUCACAAGACAGAACAACCCAUGCCGUGCCAGUCUCAUAUCAUUAGAUGGCGAGAGUUAUCUCCUUCCUGCUCAUGAUAAUGACAGCAAGAGAAGACAUAUAUCUGAUGACAACACGUAUAUCAUGGCCUUGGACGGAGACACAGACUUCCACCCGUCCGCCCUGAUACUGCUCGUCGAUCGGCUCAGAAUGUAUAGGACCGUGGGAGCAGCCUGAGGACGAAUCCACCCCACAGGAAUGGGGCCGAUGGUGUGGUAUCAGAAGUUUGAGUAUGCAGUGGGUCACUGGCUUCAGAAGACAGCCGAGCAUGUGUUUGGCUCGGUCCUGUGCAGUCCAGGCUGUUUUAGCCUCUUCAGAGGAUCUGCACUCAUGGAUGACAACGUUCUCAAGCGAUACACCACCACAGCGUCAAGAGCAUCUGAAUACGUGCAAUAUGAUCAAGGUGAGGAUCGUUGGCUGUGCACUCUGCUCCUGCAGCAGGGCUGGCGGGUGGAGUAUAAUGCCGCCUCAGAUGCUUAUACCAACUCACCACAAGAGUUCAAGGAGUUUUACAACCAAAGGCGCCGAUGGGGUCCUUCAACACUAGCUAACACGCUCGACCUGCUCCACAGUGGAAGAGAAACAGUCAAGAGGAACACCUCCAUCUCCAUGCUCUACAUCUUAUAUCAGAUCUUCACUGUGUCCUCCUCAAUCCUAGGACCUGCAUCUGUCACCCUCAUGAUCGCAGGAGCUUUCCAAUUUGUCUUUGGAGUUCCAGGCACUCUUUCCAUAGUAAUAGCAGUUAUACCUCCGAUUGUUUACAUGAUCAUAUGCUUUGUAGCCAAAACCAACUUCCAAAUUACAAUCGCUGCCAUUCUGAGUGUCAUCUAUGCAUUCCUCAUGACUGCAUCCUUCUUUUCCAUUAUCGGUGACAUGGUUAAACAAGGAACAUUUAUAACCCCUACCGGACUCUUCCUGGUGUCCGGUGCCAUCCUGUACAUGGUGACGGCCAUCCUUCACCCUCAGGAGUUCACUUUGAUCCUCUACGGUCUCAUGUAUUUCAUCUGUAUUCCCAGUGGCUAUCUGCUCCUCACCAUAUAUUCCCUUGUCAACAUGCACAUUGUUUCAUGGGGUACUCGAGAAUCCAACAAAGGCACCGAGCAAAAAAAGCGAGUGGGUGUCGUUUGCAAUCGAGACUGUACACUUUGCUGCUGGGAUGUGAAAAUGGAAAUCACCCAAGAGACUGAAAACCUUGUCCUUCAGCAAAUUCAACAGGCUGUCAAUCCCAACGCACAUGCUGCUGUCAAGACUGAGCCCAUGUCUCAGACCACUCAUGACAACCUGCACGCUGUCAACACACACAAACACAUGUUGGACCACAACAAACAGGUGACACAUAAGACAGCCGAGUCCGAAGAGAACCUGUUGCGCAGCAAGGACGACGACACUGACUCUGAAAGAAGCGGGAGUUCCAGAAGCUGCGAUAAAAAAAAGGAUUCAUUUAGCGAUGACUCUGACGAUGAAGAUGAUGAUAACGAUGAUUCCAAUAAUCCUGAAGACAUGGCAAUAGAAGUCGUGCCCGAGGGUGACUGGGUGGAACCUGUGAGGGAAGUGUUCCUGAAGAAACUGACCUAUGCGAACCUAAAGAGAAACCUUCAGGAGCAGAUCCGAUACACUCUGAGGAACAAGAACCAUGAGGAUCUGUGUGAGGAGCUGGUGCUGAUGCUCACAGACACUCUGAAUGCCGAACUGAGAGAUAAGGUGGGUCCUGAGGACAUUCUGACUGUGAGUCAGCUUGAGGAACUGCAGUACACCCUGAACGAAGCCGCCAGACGCAUCCUUAAGACCAAUCGCAUGGAGAGACUGGAGCGUCGUGUCAAGCGGGGCAUUGAGAGGACGCUUGUGGCUCCACAGAUUGAGAAACUCUCUGAGGAUGAAGAUGAUUUCUGGAAGAAGCUUAUAGAGCGCUAUCUGAAGCCCAUAGAAGAUGACGAAGCUCACAAGAAAGAAGUGACACGUGAACUAAAGUCUUUGCGUAACAAGGCUGUGUUUUUGUACUUCAUAAUCAAUGUCCUAUGGGUUGUAGCCACAUUCUUCCUUCAAGCAAUCGGCAGUGAAGUUCUAAGCAUCAAGAUUCCAAAAUAUUUUCCAAAUGGUACUCUGUCAGACGAGCCCUUGAAGGUGGAACCUUUGAGUCUGAUGUUCCUGCUGUCGUUUGCCGUUCUUCUGAUUGUUCAGUUCCUGGCUAUGCUCUACCACAGAGUAUACACUCUUAUCCACGUGGUGUCAUACAGAGGCACAGAGAAAGACUACAAAGAAAAAGAUGAGGAGGACGAUGACGGUUUAACGCUUGAAAAUCAAUUCGCAAAUGGUCUUAUUAUCACAAGUGAUGAUUUAUAAAACUGUUUUAAAUCUCAUGUCUUUAAUUCUCAUACUGAUUU